AUGGACCGCUACCGGGGGCCACGGCGGUCGCCCGCACCCCGAGAUAGAGGACAUCGAGAACGAGAUUCGCACCCAGAUGUCGAGUAUUUUGGCGAGGGAGAAAGCUACAGGCCCGGUGGCGCAGGAGGUGACAAUUCAUACAGACCUCCGAACCGCGAUCGGGAACGUGACCGGGACCGGUUUGCUGCAGACUCGUGGACCGCCGACAGAAGAGACGGACGACGGGAGGAAAGAAGAGAUGACAUUGACUCUUACGUGCCAAACACGAGUGCAAGGGCUACAAGGCCACGAACUCGAUCCCCAGCCUUUCGACGACGCUCACGAACCCCGCCGAAUAGAAGAGAAGAUUUAUUUGCCAAUAGACGUUCACCCAUCCGCCGUUACUCUCCACGAAGAUCGCCACCAAGGAGGAGAUCUAGGUCACCGCCUGGUGCGAGGACACGAAGUCCCCCGGACACAAAGAGGUACAGAGAGUUUUCUCCUGACCCUGCGCGACGCUCACCAAAACGCGAACGUCGAAAUUCCCCCGAACGAAAUCGUUUCGACCGCGAACGGUCCCCUGUCAGAAAUUCACCUAGAGGGGGUGAGAGUUACAGACCCAGGUCAAGAACGCCGCCGCGCCGAAGGCAACACGACAACUGGGUGAGACGGUCUCUUUCGCCGAGAGAUUCUGGCCCAGCAUCACACAACACUUCGCGAAGGUCAUCUCCUCCUGUUCAUCCGGACCGCGCGAGCUUGACAGGUUCUCAACCAAGAUCACCCCCACAUCUCACUCGAGAUCAAUAUGACAGUGCCGACGCAGCCAGCUUUCGAGGCAGAUCACCUGCUGCAACUUCAGCUACAGGUGGAGAACCGCGCCCCCGGGAAACUGAUGUGAGCACACCGCGGGACGAGGUACACGCGAACGGCGGAACCCGACAACCGCCCUCUGGUCCCAGCAGCUAUCGAAACGGCACGUACGAGAGACCGCCGCCCACCGGUCCAUCACGUAGUUUCAGUCAACCCAUACAAUCGCCACCCACUGGCCCUGCAGCAUCGAUGUCAAUAUCCGCUCACAAUCGUGGUGGAGGCGCGUCUGCCCUGAACGCUCCUACCAGACCCCGUGGCUCUGUUGGUAGAUUCGACGGUCCACCUUCUCGAGAUUUCUCGGCUCCCCCGGUGCGUGGUCGAAGCGGCUUACCAUUCAGGGGGCCCGCGCCCUACGGACCAAGAGGAGGCUCUUACGGACGUGGAAGUGACUUUAGCUCAAGCAACCGUGCUGAAUACAGUGGAGGGUCCAGCUACCGCGGCGGAUUUGGACGCGGCGGUUCUGUCGGAGGAGAACCCACAUUCCCAUUCAGAGGCAACAACAGUUCCAGCAUGACGUACCCUCGCACACAGCGUUUUAACUCCGUUCAACAACAUCUCGCUACUAACGAGAAAAUUGUUCCUGGGGGCAAAUUGCUCCCUUCCGGUCUACCCCCUGACCAGGAAAAGCGGAUCAAGAUGCUUGAGGCAGAAGCCGAACGAAUGCGGACUGAGAUUGCGGAGAAGCAGAAACUUAAGCGCGAGGUGCUGAAUGAAUGGGACGUCAGAGAACGAGAGAGUGAGAGAGACUCUCUACGCAGUGACCUCGCAGAACAGCAUUUGCAGCAGCUGAUGGAAGGCGACGAUGGGAUUGGGAGAGCGGCAUUUUAG